ACGUCAUGGGUUAUUUGCGGAAGUAGUCCGGGGCAUCAACAAACACGUCCGUGUUCUCGAAAGCGAAGAACACACUAUUGUUAAAAACUUCCCGGGACGCGGAAUACCCUUUUAAAGACAACUAUCGUGGCUGAGUUGACAAAGGUCGAGGGUUCCAAGCAAAGGAGUCUGAGACCAAGGUGCUGUCGGUCUGGGUACUCGGAAUUCCCGACUUCCGGGUCCGGCUUGAAGGCAGCACGCUGAUUGAAUGGAAGAAAGCAGGGGAGCUAAUCAGACUGAUGUGGACAAGACCAGACCUCCUGCAAGGGACUGCAGCACCCAGACCAUAAGCACAGGAGGGCAAGGUCAUGGUCUCAGGUUGUCAAAGAUAAACCUGUUCAGCUUGUUGAGUUUGUGGUUGGAGUUGUUCCCCCUGGAGCGACCUAAAGAAGAUGAUCAGAUCCGCAAUGUGGGUCUGGUGGUGGUGCAGGACACCAAAGUGAUGGGACUCCACUACUCUGGACAUGAGCUCCACCCGGGUCAAGCCGCCAUCAUCCAACAUGGCGCCCGUCUGGCCGACUGUCAGCUGUAUUUCUCCAGGCGACCCUGCGCCACCUGCCUGAAGAUGAUCAUCAACGCUGGAGUGAGUCAGAUCUCCUUCUGGCCUGGAGACCCUGAGGUCAGCAUGCUGAGCUGCAGCACCCACGGUUCUCCCACCCCAGAGGAGGCCAUGUUGGAUGCCAUGGCAACGGAGAAGCUGAAGUCCAACAGCCGCUCCCACAUAUGUUUGCUCCUCCAGCCUCUCGCUCCUGGCAUGGCGCAGUUUGUCAGCGAGACGUCCAGAGAGUGUGACUUCAUGGUGAGCGCCACCGACGACGAUGAUUUCAACCCGAACGCUCAAGAACUCUUCAGCAGGGAACAAGAAAGACACUUCCACGAUUUCUCCAAACACUUCCUGAUCGAGAGCGCCCAUCAGCACAGAGAGAUUUUGACCAUGAUGCAUCUGGAGAACUUCUGUGUGGAACCUUACUUCUCCAACCUGAGACGCAACAUGAGGGAGGUGGUGGAGGUUCUUGCCUCGGUGGCGGCCGGGGUGCCUCAGCGACACUGCAGCUUUCACCGGGAACCCCCAGCUGCUGAUGCAUCGUCAUCAACAUCGUCGUCAUCGUCGCUGGCCCCUUGCCAUGAGGGCGUGUCCCAAGAAAUUGCCCGUCAUUGCAUCAUUCAGGCCAGACUGUUGGCUUAUAGGACAGAGGACCCAAAGGUGGGCGUCGGCGCUGUAAUCUGGGCUCACAGACAGUCGGCUGUCUGUAACAGACCAGGUGGCCUGUCUCUAGUGGGCUGCGGCUACAAUGCUUACCCGGCGGGUUCGCAGUACGCCGAGUACCCGCUGAUGGACGACAAGCAGGAGGACAAACGGCGACGCAAGUACCGAUACAUUAUCCACGCGGAGCAGAACGCCCUCACCUUCAGGACCCGCGAUAUCUACCCAGAGGAAGCCGCCAUGUUGUUUGUGACAAAAUGUCCAUGUGACGAGUGCGUCCCUCUGAUCCGAGGCGCCGGCAUCACGCACAUCUACACCAACGACCACGACCGGGAUCGGGACAAAGGAGACAUUUCCUACCUGCGCUUCAGCAACCUGACGGGCAUCCAGAAGUUCAUAUGGCAAAGGAACCCAGUCACGUCUUCCUACGUCACCGCCAACGGCUGCCCAGGCAAGCGCAAGCGGUGGGAGGAGCAGGAGAAGCAAAGCAUCAAGAAGCUCCGCCACGACAGCGCGGCCGACAACUCGCCUCCUAUGAGCUGAGUAUCGCAUGUUGAACCUGAACGUCAUCUCGCAUCAGCACCGUUUUCUCUGGAGAUCCACAAACAUUUGAUGUUCUUCAUGCUGCUGUGGAGGAGAACUCACCAAACCACACCGACCUCAUCUUUACGAAGCAACUCACACAUAAAAAUCAUGUUUAAGUUAACUAUCGUACUGUCAGAGGUCUUCAACAGGGGAUCUCAAAGGGGUCCAUAUAGGUACUGCAAUUUUUGGUUGAUUACACUUUAUUUUAAAUAUAUUUUUAGAUUCACCAGGCAA